CUGUAUUCAUGGUCCCCAUCUUUGCACUUCGAUGAAGACAGACUCUCCCCUCCACAAAGGAAGAUGAAGGGCUUAUCCGGCGGCCGCGGGCAGCACCACCUCCCAGCCGCGCACACCUGCAGCCUGGCGGAGUGCGAGCACUCCCACGAUCACCUGCACCAUGACAGCCGCCACUCCUACCUGCUCAGCCCCACAGACAGCUGCCCCAUGGACUACCACCACCGCUACUCCCCCCGUAGCUCCAUCCACUCCGACUGCAUGAUGAUGCCGGUGGCGUUGCCGGGCAGCGGCACCCCCGCAGACCACGUGUCCAGCAGCACCUUUCCCAGAAUGCACUACAGCUCGCAGUACUACGACACGGCCACGCGGGACGACUGCGCCGCUGCUGCCGCGGCCGCCGCCCCCCCCUCCGCCGCCCCCCCCUCCUCCCACCACGCCACCGCUGGCUCCAAGAGCAACCGCAUCCCCGCCAACCUGCUGGAGCAGUUUGAGAAGCAGCUGCCGCUGCACCGGGACGGCUUCCACACGCUGCAGUACCAGCGCGCCUCGGCCGCCACCAGCUCCGCCACCGAGCAGCGCAGCGAGAGCCCCGGCCGCAUACGCCACCUCGUCCACUCCGUGCAGAAGCUCUUCACCAAGUCGCACUCGCUGGAGGGCUCGUCCAAGAUGAACGGCACCAAGGGGGAGGGGGGCGGGGGCGGGGGGGGCCAUCACCACGGCCACGGCCACCACUCCAAGCACGGCAGCAAGAGGAGCAAGAGCAAGGAGCGCAAGCACCGCUCGGGCGUGGGGGGGUGGUGGAGCUCCGACGACAACCUGGACAGCGACAGCACGUACCGCACGCCCAGCGUCAUGAGCCGGCACCACCCCGAGCACGCCGGCCACUGCUACCCCGACCUGCAGGGCCACCACUUCGGCGACCUCACCCUCAAAACCUCCAAGAGCAACAACGACGUGAAGUGCUCGGCCUGCGAGAGCCUGGCCGUGGCCCCCGAGGGCAAGUUCAUGAAGAGGAGCUCCUGGUCCACCCUCACCGUCAGCCAGGCCAAGGAGGCCUACCGCAAGUCCUCCCUCAACCUGGAGAAGCCCAUGAUCCACCAGGACCUGAAGCCAUCCCUGAGACCCUGUCACUACCUGCAGGUUCCUCAGGAUGAGUGGGGGGGUUACCCGGGGAUCGACCGGGACGAGGAGAUCCCCUGCAGGAGAAUGCGAAGCAGCAGCUACGUCAAAGCCAUGGGGGACGACGAGAGCGGGGAGUCCGACACCAGCCCGAAAACCUCGCCCCAGAAAGCCGUGCGGCCAGACGCCCUCGCCCUGAAGUCUGUCAUGCAGAGGCCCCAUAUAGACCACCCGAGUCAGACCUACCAUUUGCAAACCACCAGAGACAUGCGGCCCCACCCCAGCGUCACCCUGGACCCUGCGACCACCUAUAACCCCCCUCAGUUUCGCUCCCGAAACCAGAGCUACAUGCGUGCGGUCAGCACCCUCAGUCAGGCAAGCUGCGUCAGUCAGGUGAGUGAGACUGAGAUCAAUGGCCAGUUUGAAUCAGUAUGCGAGUCCGUUUUUAGUGAAGUAGAAUCCCAGGCUAUGGAUGCCUUGGACCUGCCUGGCUGUUUCCGCACUCGGAGCCACAGUUACCUGCGGGCUAUACAGGCUGGGUAUUCCCAAGAUGACGACUGCAUACCUUCAAUGACAUCCUCCACUGUCACUUCAACUCUCAGAUCCACAACAGGAAUCCAGUUCCGCCUUCCCGCUGCCUGUGGCGCAGACCGGACUCAGCAGCAGCCUCCAGCUGUGACGUACACGCCCGGUUAUAAGAAGACCCCGCCCCCCGUCCCGCCCCGCACCGCCUCCAAGCCGCUGAUCUCGGUGACAGCACAGAGCAGCACAGAGUCGACGCAGGACGCGUACCACGAGGGGCGGCAUCCGCGGGGGGGCCUGCUGUGGGCGCAGGACGGGCUGGGCCGUGCCCUCUACAACUCCACCGACAGCCUAGACAGUGCCAAGGCCGUGAGCCUUGCCAUGGAGUCUGCGGCAGCCAGGCGGCACGCCUCCACCGGCAGCCACAGCUCCGUGCAGACCUGCGACAAGGCCGUGCUGGUGUCCAAGGCCGAGGAGUACCUGAAGACUCCCCGCUCCUCCAUCGGGAUACAGGUGGAAACGGCGACGGACUCGGAGUCGGAAAGUAAAGGGCUGAGGGAGUACCACUCUGUGGGAAUCCAAGUGGAGGAUGAGAAGAGGCACGGCAGGUUUAAGCGCUCCAACAGCGUGACGACGGCGGUGCAGGCAGACAUGGAGCUGGAGGGCUUCCCCGUCAUGGAGGACAAGGGGCUGCAGUUCGGCGGCUCGUUCCAGCGGCACUCGGAGCCGAGCACGCCCACGCAGUACGGCGCGGUGCGCACAGUGCGUACGCAGGGCCUCUUCAGCUACCGCGAGGACUACAGGGUGGCGAGCGGGCCGCCCAGCCCGCAGCCCGAGCCCUGGCUGGUGGAGCCGGCCCACGAGGCGGCCGAGUCGGGCCGCGUCUCUCCCCUGCGCCGCGACGGCAGCUGGUUCAUGCAGCUGCUGCACAACGAGACCAAGAGGAUGGAGGGCUGGUGCAAGGAGAUGGAGCGCGAGGCCGAGGAGCACGACCUCUCCGAGGACAUCCUAGGAAAGAUCCGGAGUGCUGUGGGCAGCGCACAGCUCCUCAUGUCACAGAAAUUCCAGCAGUUCUACUGGCUGUGUCAGCAGAACCUGGACCCCAGCGCCAUGCCCCGGCCCACCUCCCAGGACCUGGCCGGCUUCUGGGACCUGCUGCAGCUGUCCAUCGAUGACGUCACAGCCAAGUUCGACGAGCUGCAGCAGAUCAAGAGCAACGACUGGAGGCCGGUGGAGAGUCCGGAGAAGAAGGAGAGGAAGUGGCCGCCGCCGGUGGUGAGGAGACCUCCUCGGGGGAGGGGCGGGGUGAUGCGGGAGCGCUCGCUGGAUCUGCAGGACCGUCAGCGGCAGGAGGCACGACGGCGGCUCAUGGCGGCCAAGCGGGCGGCAUCCUUCCGGCAGAACUCAGCGACGGAGCGGGCAGACAGCAUCGAGAUCUACAUCCCCGAGGCGCAGACACGGCUCUGAGAGUGGGGACACGGCCGCACCUCCUCCUGCUCCUCCCGCUCCUCCACGUCAGCACUCUUUUUCUCACAUGGCAUUUUUUGUCCUUCCUUCAUGCGGUCCGUUUUGUGUUCAUCCAACUCCAGCACAGUGAGGCCAUCAAACCCCCCCGCCAGGAAAAAGUGCUCCCCCUUUCACCCCUGGUUAAACUUCCCGGCCCCGGAAGGAGAAUCUGUAUCAGUACAACACAGGGAAUGAUCCUCCUCACCUCGGGAGCAAGCGCUCAUGUGUAAGGAAGGCCUGGCGGUGAACUGAUUUCAGGCUGGAAGUGCAACAGCAUCCCAGUGGCUACAGAAAGGCCAUUACAGAGAAACCCAGAGGGGCUUAUUCCUAGGAGAUCACAAAGUGCAACUUUCCUGAGAAUCUCACCAGCAGCAGUGGCCUCAGAUUAAUCUGCAUAGGGACUGGCUCUCUGUAUGAGGCCAGCUCGGUUGCACAGAGGGGAUGCCUCCAUCUCCAGGUUUUGAAAUCAGUUCCGUCUGGAAACUCAUCCAGGCUUCAGGCCUUGAGC